GGCUUUUCCAUCUCCCUUAUCUGACUAUAAUUUGCUUGUCUGCUUGGGAUUUUUCAUUUUCUCGUCUUUCAACUAUCUUCAUCACCUUCUUUCCACCCUUCAUUCCGCUUCACAGCUUCUCUUUUCCCUGAAGUAACUCGUUGUGGUGGGUUUUGUUUUUGUUCCCUCACCUCAGCAACCAUGGCCGAACGCUAUAUCCCAGAGCAUCGCCGCACCCAAUACAAGGCUCGAAACCAGUUUCGGCCUGAUGAACUCCGCCGUCGUCGUGAGGAGCAGCAAGUCGAAAUUCGAAAGCAGAAGAGAGAAGAAAACUUGGCCAAGCGACGUGGUAUCCAGACUCGGGAUGGCGGAAUUGGUGUAGGAGGUGGCAUGGCUGCCGCCGAGAGUGACGACGAGGCGAGCGCUAUUGAAAGUGAGCUCAAUGUCGAGUUACCAGAGAUGGUCAAGGGUGUUUUCUCCGACCAAAUCGAAGCUCAAAUCCAAGCGACAACCAAGUUCAGAAAGCUCCUCUCCAAGGAACGUAACCCGCCCAUCGAGCGCGUUAUCGAGACUGGUGUUGUUUCCCGUUUUGUGGAAUUCCUCCGAUCCCCUCACACUUUAGUCCAAUUUGAGGCUGCUUGGGCCUUGACCAACAUCGCAUCUGGAUCUGCGCAACAGACUCAGGUGGUUAUUGAGGCUGGCGCCGUGCCAAUUUUCGUCGAGCUAUUGAGCAGCCCAGAACCUGAUGUGCGCGAACAAGCCGUUUGGGCCCUCGGAAACAUUGCUGGUGAUAGCCCUCAAUGCCGCGACUUCGUUCUUAACGCCGGCGCUCUGCGCCCUCUCUUGACUCUGAUUAAUGAUGGUCGCAAGAUUAGCAUGCUGCGCAACGCUACUUGGACACUGAGCAACUUCUGCCGUGGCAAGACUCCUCAGCCUGAUUGGAACACGAUUGCUCCCGCCCUUCCUGUUCUUGCCAAGCUCAUUUACAUGCUUGAUGACGAGGUCCUCAUUGAUGCAUGCUGGGCUAUCUCGUACCUUUCCGAUGGUCCCAAUGAGAAGAUCCAAGCCGUCAUCGAAGCCGGCAUUCCCCGUCGCCUUGUAGAGCUCUUGAUGCACGCCUCCACCUCUGUUCAGACCCCCGCCCUUCGUUCCGUUGGCAACAUCGUCACUGGUGAUGAUGUUCAGACACAGGUUAUCAUCAAUUGCGGGGCUCUUCCUGCUCUUCUCUCCCUCCUUAGCUCAACAAAAGAUGGUAUCAGGAAAGAAGCUUGUUGGACCAUUUCCAACAUCACUGCCGGUAACUCCAGUCAGAUUCAAUCUGUUAUCGAUGCUGGUAUCAUCCCCCCGCUUGUGCAUCUCCUUGCCAACGGUGACUUCAAGACUCGCAAGGAAGCUUGCUGGGCUAUUUCCAAUGCCACAUCCGGUGGUCUGCAGAAGCCCGACCAGAUCCGCUACCUUGUUACUCAAGGGUGCAUCAAGCCUCUCUGUGACCUCCUAGCGUGCCCUGAUAACAAGAUCAUCCAAGUUGCUCUCGAUGGCCUUGAGAACAUUCUCAAGGUUGGUGAGAUGGACAAGGAGGCUGGACAGGGUGACGCUCACGUGAACCGCUAUGCCUUGUUUAUUGAAGAGGCUGGUGGUAUGGAGAAGAUCCACGACUGCCAGAACAAUGCCAACGAAGAGAUCUACAUGAAGGCAUACAAUAUCAUCGAGAAGUACUUCUCAGAUGAAGACGAGGCCGCGGGUGACAUUGAUGAACUUGCUCCUCAACAAACACAGACUGGAUUUACUUUGGGCGCCACUCAACAACAGCCUGGUGGGUUCUCUUUCGGCGGUGCCAAUGGCGGCGAUUCCAUGGAUAUGUAAAUUGGGAAAGCCAGAAUCAAAAGCUUAAAUGAAGGAAGAUGACUUUGGGCAUAUUCCAUGUCCAAUCCCACAGCCCCUUCCCUCCUGGCGGGUGGAUUGUGGCUUCAAUCCACAUUAAAUCCGUUACGUGCAGUCAGCCACUUAUCCCGCAGCAGGCUCAACGAUGUCGACUUCUUGAAGCGGUAUCAUCUUGAUUCCCCAGAUGUGAUCUGGGGUCUGCGGAAUCAGUAUAUUAGAUACCACGCCAGGAUGUUUCGGUUUUCUAUUUCCCUUAACUGGCUUCUCGACGGCUCAUCUGUUUCUAUUUCGUCGAAUUUCUAUAUUCACCCCUUUUCUCUUAUGGUUUGAUAUUUCACGAUAAACAAGAUUCACCGUCAUGUAUCCCUUUAUUUAUCAGGUCACCCUAGCAUUCCUCAUACACAGGCGUAAUUGUCUAUAGGUUUCUAAAUCGGUUGUUUUCCUCGUUAAUUUUCUUUUACGACCCUUUGCCCUUGAUAAGGGGUGACUUGGUCCUUGGAGGAAGUCUGUUUCUGCUUGUAUCUUUCAAUCCGUAUCUAUGCCCCAAAAGAGCUUGAACCGCACCGCG